CAGAACUCAGAGGAACUCCCGGAAAUCUCGUCAUCUGUCUUCAAAAAGCAGUCAUGAAGUUAAUCUUGGUACUGAUAUUAGCUUCGUAUCCUGUGAGCGUGGUUCCGUUCUUGUCCAUUUUUAAAUGGACCUUGAGCGGGGAGGAAACUCCAUCUUCGGAGACUUACGCUUCGGCGGACUCUACUGCUGCUCUUGCGGUAGAUGUUGCAUUCGACUUGAGUCCUACAGACGAAAAAUUCCUGCAAGAAGCGAAGAAGCUCGACCUGGAAGCCGUUGGAAACGAUUCACCUCUCGCGGAUUGUCACCGUAGACUGGUGCUGAGCUUAAGGAAAAAAUGUGGCCACCUCGACGACGAGCAGAUUGGGAAAAUGGCAGUGAAUCUGCUAAAUUGUCAGAAUGCCAUUGAGCGUAGACCUCAAUUCCCUUGCAAGAGCAGCAUGACAUUGGCCGAGUGUACGAAACCUAUGGAUCCCAAUUCAUGGACCGUUUACCAGCUGAUGACGAAUCGCGCCCUAGCUCUCUGUCACUCCGUGAAUCAGCAGCUCUUCCGAGCACGGGUUGAAAUGCUCGUCAGUCAUCUCGCUAUCGCCUCGAAGGAUCAGCUCGGGGAACUUCAAGAAAUGCACGAAUGGCAUGGGAAGCUGAUGAAUCUUCAAGCUUCAGCCGCCGAGCAAAUGAACGUCCUGAACGAUCAGCAUGAAUCGAUGGUUUCUCGUCACGAAGAGCUUCUUGCCAAGCAGAAGAACUUGGAGACCGCUCUGAACGAGAACGUGAUGCAACUGUCAACGGAUCAAAAAAUCCUCGAGAGUGGGAGCCACCAGCUGAUCAAAAUCACGAACGAGGUGAAAACGCAUUUGGAUUCUACAGUGGCCGAAGUGCAGAGGCAAGAAGAACUUCUGAAAAUUCAGAGGCAAACCAUGGAUCAGAUUCUGAAGCUCUACGAGACCUCGCUACGAGAGCUCCUGACAGAACUAGAAGGUCGAGGCGAGAGCUUGUUGGCACUCCAAGAUCUCACCUAUCUCAAGGUGCAAGCGAGUCUCGAGGGCAUCAGCAAGGUUAACGAGUCCCUAGGAGCUUUGGGCAGUCUCUUGAUGACGAUUCAGAACACCGUCAGCGAUCACACGAGAUGGGCGCGAUCGCUCAUCAUCGAGCACGAAGUCGAUGGCGAUACGGCUACAUUUGCGAGCCACUUCGGAUUGCUCGCUCUCAUGAUGGUUGUCGGUUCCUUCUUGCAAUUCCCGUUCGUCAGUCGUCUCAUCAUCAUCACAGCGACCCCAUUGAAUUUCUACCUCAAGUUAACAUCAGACUAUCACGCUUCUCUGACUGAGCUGCUUGUUGCUGUUGCCAGCGUGACAGUAGUGGAAAUCGUCCUGACGAAACUUCGAGCGAAACAGAAGCCUGCAUCUAAGGAAGAAUUCCACAAACUCGUGGAAUCCAUCAAAACCAUGGAGGAACGCAUCAAUGUCAUCGCGAUGCUGUCGCCUUCCAAGGAUCACCAAUUCAAAGAGCCCUACGCUCCGUCGGAUCUAGAGAAGUUCAUUGCCUCAUCCGCAGAAUAUAUAGACCCGAAUGGGAAUUUGGAGUGGGACCAAGCAUCGGUAGCUCAGAGCGACUACUCCUCUUCGACGCAACAAUCUGGCUUGGAGAAAACGAGAUGCCAAGGGACGAAUAAAGACGGCACGCAAUGCAAACGCAUGACCUCUAAAGCAUUGUGUCCGACCCAUCGAAGGUCCUCGAGAAACAGGACGUGAUCGAGCCGUGGAUUGUAACACUUCGGCAUACAUCCUCAAAUUUAUACACAUCGCUGUGGGCCCAGAUGUUCUCGUCUGAAUAUUCGUGCCAACUUUUCCGGAAAGCUUGUGAUAGACUGAAAACGGCGCAGCCGAUGAAUGCACUGCAGAAGAUGAAGUGACUCAUCGAUUGAGUAAUCCCCAUGGUGAGCUUGAGUUUUGUCUCUGGGAUAUAGGCAGAGAAAUAAACGCAAAAUCCGAUGAGCAGAA